AUGCUACGACUAUUAAAUAGACAAAAGAUAGUGCCUAUCAACAGGACUUUUUUGAGGAGCCUAUUUAUUCAAACACAAACGACCCCCAACGAUGAUGCCCUCAAGUUUUUGCCAUCCAUGAAGAUUUUACCUGAGCAAACCACUAUAGAGUUUCUUAACGGAAGACAAGCAUUCAAAUCACCUUUAGCUCUCAAGUUGUUUGGGAUAGAUGGAGUGAAAACCAUCAUGAUAGGUCACGAUUUUAUCACUGUAGAGAAGAAGACUCAAGAUGAUUGGUCUUUGUUGAAACCAGAGAUAUUUGCAGUCCUCACAGAGUCUUUGAAUAACGGUACUCCUGUCUUGAACGAACAGCACCAGUCAGACGCAAAUGACCAGGCUUUGCUGGAAGAGGAUGACGAAGAUGAAGUCGUCAGCAUGGUUAAAGAGCUAAUAUUUACCAGAAUAAGACCUGCCAUCCAGGAUGAUGGUGGUGACAUCGAAUUUGUUAGAUUUGAGUACGAGACAGGAACAGUAUAUCUAAGAUUAAGAGGAGCUUGCAGAAGUUGCUCUUCAAGUUCCAUCACCCUAAAAAAUGGAAUUGAAUCAAUGUUGAAGCAUUAUAUAGAGGAAGUUGAGGCAGUGGAACAAAUUGAGGAAGACGAAGAUGGAAAUGAAUUUGAGGACCCGUUAGCAGCCAAAAAGCCUGCUCAAUUUGAGGAAGCCCAACUGAAACCAAGAUCUAGAGACGUGGCCCCGCCUCCAUCUCUGUAA